AUGCGUCCUCCGAGAAUCGCCAUUCUAUCCCUCUUCUUCGCCGCCUGUCUCUUCCUUCUCUGUCGCUCUAUCGCCGCGGCCGCCCGAACAUCUACUGCAAUUUCAGCACCGCCUUCUACACGGGAUUCUGGCUUCCGGUCGUUCUUCUCAUGGUCGGCACCGUUUUCGCUAUUUUCCCCAAAUGCAAUCAUUACCAUCGCAGACGACAAUAGCACCUCCCUUGCUGCACGCCCAGCCGCGUUUGGCCCCCCUCUGCCGAGCAAAGGCCUGAGCGGUCAGCUAUGGAUUGGUAGUGGUUUCACCGAGGAGAGCCUUCAGGAUGGCGAGGAGAGUGAUGGCGAACAGGGCUGCAGCGACGUACCCGGAUGGGAUGGCGGAAGUAUCGCUGCCUUGAAGAGCUCGGUCAAGAAGAUGAAUGACAAGACAAAACCGGGAGCUUCCGCCGGCAGUAGCAAGAACGGCAAGCGAGAUGCUGGAUUGAAAACGCCCAUGCUCGACCGUUUCUCGUCCUCAAAGACCGAAUCAACCUCCAAGAACAAGGCUGUCAAUGAUGGCACCGACGACUACCUUCACGCGGGCUUGGACAGUUCUAGAAUGCAGAAUGAUGCAGCUGCCUUGUCAAUGCCAGCCCACGCCGAUAUCCAGUCGAUACAAGAAGGAGCCGAAAUUGCUGGCAAGAUCGUGCUGCUCAGUCGCGGUGGCUGUGGUUUCCUCGAAAAGGUGAAAUGGGCGCAAAGACGCGGUGCCAUUGCUCUGAUCGUGGGAGACAACCAGCGCGGAGGACCAUUGAUCCAGAUGUACGCGCGGGGCGACACUUCAAAUGUGACGAUUCCUUCUAUCUUCACAUCACGAACCACGGCAUACUUGCUGUCAUCUCUGAUGCAGCCUGGAAGUUUUAUCGAGGACAUUAUCGACGAGAACGGCAAGUCUUCGUACCAAGUCCAAAACUCUGACAAGGCUCGAAGGAAAGCCCGCCUGCAAACUGCAACAACCACUGAACUCCCGAGGGCGACUGAUGCUUCUGGGAUGAAGACACCAGCUCUGAAGAAGACAGCUGGCGCCACUACCGGGGAGGGCAACAAGCCCGAGGUCUCGAGCCGUGGCUGGCUUUCGAGCAUCUUCCGUUGGGACUCGGGUGCAAACACUGCAGAGAGGAGUCGCCCACCAAGCAGUGGCCAGCAUGAUUGGGUCCUCGUUGACGAAUUUUCUGAUAGCCAGGACGAAGCCAUCAAAAGCAGCCGAGAGAAGGCAGCCAAAGCUGGAAAGCAUCCCGAUACCAAAAUGGACAAGCCCUCGGGCGAUGGAUUCCGCAUCGGUGUCGAGGACUGGAGGGAUCCUGAUCUGCUUGGCUCUUCUCUCCAAGAGGAUGAGGACUCCAAGGGUAUCAGCAAGGACGGCACCAAAUCGCCAUCUGGAAACAAGGCCAACUCGAAUAAAGUGGAUGAGAAGAAGACCAAAGAUGCCAAUCGACCCAAUGGCGGCAGCAUUACUCCCGGCAGUGGAGAAUAUUCGCCUGAUGGUGCCUCACGGGUAAAAGCUCCUGCAUUCAAGGCAGAGAAGCCAAGGCCAGACGCUGACGAGCAUCAUGGAUUCCUGUCGAAACUGUUUGGAGGUCAUGGAGAAGAAGAAGAAGUUCCUGAAACACAUCCUCAUCCACCUCCCAUCAAGACCCCAAUUGCUGAAAAGCCAGCUCCUGGCGAGCUAACCCCGCCGGAACAUGAUGGUCUUUGGGUUAUCAUCACGCCCACUAGUGGUGCAAGCCCGUUUUUCGAUACGCUUCUGGUUCUUGUCAUUAGCCCGCUGAUUACUUUGACUGUCGUCUAUGCACUCUUGAUCUUGCGCGCGCGCAUUCGCCGUCGCAGGUGGAGGGCUCCCAAGUCAGUAGUGGAGAGAUUGCCUGUCAGGACAUUCCACACAGUGGCAUCGACUCCAAGUCAAUCGCCUAGAGUCACUCGACCGCCCUCACCUUCGCCGCCCUCGCCAACGACCCCCUUGUUGCAAGGUCAGCAGAGCACUUCGCGACCCAGACCUCGUUCUAGGACAACUACUGGUAUUGCAAGCGAUUUACUACAGGUCAAUUCUUCUCUACAGGUCCCCAGAUCGCCACCGCAGGAGAAACCAAGUGAGUGGAAAAAGUAUAUGGGAAGGCAAGUCGAAUGCGUUGUGUGUCUUGAAGAAUAUGUCGAUGGCGUGAGUCAGGUCAUGAGCCUCCCUUGCGGCCAUGAAUUCCACGUUGAGUGCAUCACACCUUGGUUGACCACUCGUCGUCGCACGUGCCCUAUCUGCAAAGGAGAUGUCGUCCGGUCACUUGCGCGAGGCUCGCCUUCUAGUCCACGCUACGAGCCGUAUCGUGACGAUAGUGAUGACGAUUUCGGUGCCGAAGCGUCCACGUCGUUGAAUAAUUCAGCUGAACGAUCGGCCGAUGAUAAUGAUUCUGAUGUGGAGCAAGGAAUUCUCUCAUCUACUUCGCGGAGAAGCCAGCCCCAAGAGAGUUGGUUUUCUACUCUGUCCAGAAGCCUCAGAGAAGUGUCCAACCCAAGGCGCUCAAGAUCCCGUGAUUCAACUGCGGAUCGAGAUAGGUGA